CUCUAUUCAAGGUAUUCUCCUGUUCUCUCUUAAAACAUAAAUGGCCCGAAAACGGAAUCCCGACGACGGAACCAUGAUGUCCGGUACUGCUGAAAUAUUUGCUGAAGUAUUUGUUAUGUAUAAUGGAGAAUGGAAAAUUGCAGCGGAUGGUGUUAGGUCUUUCUGUGCAAAUUCAUGUAAAACUUUUGAUAUACCCCAAAAUACUACAUUUGCCGAAUUAGUUGAUAUCAUCUAUCAUAGUAUUAAAGUGCAAAAGUCUACCUAUGAUUUAGUGAUUGAAGUCAUGUAUGAGGUUCACCCAAAUUUUCCCCCUGUUGUUAUUGAUGAAGAUGACGAUUUGGGCACAUAUUUAUCACGGUUGAUUUCGGGUAGCACUUCGUCACCACUGUGUGUCACUAUAGUAGAGAAGUCACCACUUACAUACUCAAGUCAAGAUAGUGUACAACCACUGCCUACUCAAAAAACUAUACCUGGAGUUGUUCCUGAAAUGUUUCAGCAGGUUCUGUUUGAAAGUGAAAAUGAAGGAGGAGGAGAAGAAAUCGUGCCUCAUUAUGAUAGAAUCAACUGCUUUCUUCGGCCAUUGCGUCGGCAGCGUCUUCGGCAAUCCCCUCUUAAAAUGAAGCAUAUUACCAAUCCAUUAGUUAAAGUGCCAAUAACAACAACUCCUAUUGAAAAUGCUCUUGUUAAUGAGAAAGUUGGGUCCAAUGGUGUCUAUGAAGAAGAUGUCUCUGUUGAUGAUGGUGAAGAUUAUACAAGAAGUAGCAAAGUUAACAAGCUCUUACAUGGCGUUACAUGUGAGAAGUUUGUCUCAAGAAUGACUUUUAAUGAUAUGAAGGAAGUCCAAGAAGUUAUAACUAAGUAUGCAGAAGAAGCAAAAGUGUCUGUUGAUGUUGAAAUACGUGACCCAUAUUGGAUCAAGUAUUUUUGCAAGGGAAAAGAUUGCAAUUGGAUGAUUUAUGCAUGCCAUAAAUUUAAUCAAAAUAUUUUUGAGGUGAAGGACUAUAUUCCAACGCACACUUGUUGCUCAGAUAGUACUAAUAGCAACAAGAAUCUAAUAUUUGUGCAUGUUUCAGCUCAUGGUAAUGAGAAAGCUUACAAUGUUGAGGGAUUUGACGGUGGAAAUAUGGCUAAAGGUGAUUAUGAAGAUAUCAUUGUUGUUGAUGAUCAUGAUCUGCACGGUUUUGAUGAAUCUGAGUUUGAUUUUUCCGAUUCUGACUUGGGAAGCACUUUUGAAGGCUCGGAAAGUGGCGAAUAUUACACAAGGACUAGCAGAGUUUACCGGCUUGGACGUGGUGUUGGAUCUGAGAAGUUUAUAUUAAGAAUGACUUUUGGUAAUAGGAAGCAGUUCAGAGAAGUUAUUAACAGGUACAUAUAUGAAACGAAACUGCCAAUUCGUGUUGAAAUAAGUGAACCCAAUAGGAUAAAGUUUGCCUGCAAGGGAAAAGGUUGCAGAUGGAUGAUUUAUGCAAGUAAAGAUUUUGGAUCAAAGGUAUUUAAGGUGAAGACAUAUAUUCCAAAACAUACUUGUCCAUCCGAAAACAACAAUAAGGAGGUGGUGACAUCAAGCUUCAUUGCGAGUUACUUUAUGAGCAAGAUAAUUUCUCAACCGAGGAUCACUUAUCGUCAAAUUCAAGAACUGUGCUUAACAGAGCUAAAUGCGAAUGUUAGCCUUUAUAAGUGUAGGAGAGCAAAAAGUAUAGUGAAGCAGUUGAUUGAUGACAAUCAUAUGUAUGGAGAAGAAGAGCUUCACCCAAAUAAUCCAAGCAAUUCAACAGAACCUAGUUCAAACCAGGAUAGGCAAAAAAGGAAAAGGAGAAGACAGAGUCAUGCAAACGGAAAUGAAAGCAGCUCAACCUCAUCUGAAUGAACCAGGUUUAUGAAAAAAGAGGAAGUCUUCUGAUGUGCAGACACAACCAAACCUGAUGUUUGUGUUUCUUUUUGUGGUUUAGUAAACCAAACUCUUGUUUGUGUUUUAUUUUGUGGUUUUGUAUUAGGGGUAUUUGGUUGUAGUUACUAGUUAGUAUUUUGACAUCCAUGAUAAUGAAACUAAGGAAUGUCUAACAAAAUGGAUGAAACUUUUUGUUUAUAUGUUGAUGGUAGCUCAAAUGAUGUUGAUAUCCUAAUCAUUAGUAUUAAACCUUUUGCAUUGUGAGUCUGCUCUUUUGGUCUAAUGUA